UUGAUCUGAGUACUUCAGUAUCCUCCCUGCAAAGAGCAGCAUACUAGAUCUGUGUCCUGGACUCUUGCUUGUAGAAGAAUGAAAUCCUACAAAGUCCUUCCCCUGGCCUCUGUCUUCCUCUCCCUGGUGCUUUUUCAUCAGGUCUGGACUCAGUUUCCGCGAGAGUGUGCCAAUGUUGAGGCUCUGAGAAGUAGAAUGUGUUGCCCAGACCUGUCCCCUUCCUCUGGACCUGGGACUGACCGCUGUGGCUCAUCAUCAGGAAGGGGAAGGUGUGAGGCUGUGACCGCAGACUCCCGACCCCACAGUCCCCAUUAUCCCUACGAUGGCAGAGAUGACCGAGAGGGCUGGCCUCUGAGGUUCUUCAACAGGACAUGUCAGUGCAAUGGUAAUUUCUCAGGACACAACUGUGGGACCUGCCGUCCUGGGUGGAGAGGAGCUGCGUGCGACCAGAAAGUUCUCACAGUCAGGAGAAAUCUUCUUGACUUAAGUACAGAAGAAAAGAGUCACUUUGUCAGAGCCUUGGAUAUGGCAAAGCGCACAACUCACCCUCAAUUUGUUAUUGCCACAAGGAGGUCAGAAGCCAUACUGGGACCAGAUGGCAACACACCACAAUUCGAGAACAUUUCCAUUUACAACUACUUUGUUUGGACACACUAUUAUUCAGUAAAAAAAACCUUCCUUGGAGUGGGGCAGGAAAGCUUUGGUGAUGUGGAUUUCUCUCAUGAAGGACCGGCUUUUCUCACGUGGCACAGAUACCAUCUGCUGCAGCUGGAGAGAGACAUGCAGGAUAUGCUGCAAGAGCCUUCUUUCUCCCUUCCUUACUGGAAUUUUGCAACCGGGAAAAACGUCUGUGAUAUUUGCACCGAUGACUUGAUGGGAUCCAGGAGCAACUUCGAUUCUACGCUUAUAAGCCCCAACUCGGUCUUUUCUCAAUGGAGAGUGGUCUGCGAGUCCUUAGAAGAUUACGACACCCUGGGAACAGUUUGUAACAGCACUGAGGGUGGGCCCAUCAGGAGAAAUCCAGCUGGAAAUGUGGGGAGACCAGCAGUGCAGCGGCUUCCUGCGCCACAGGAUGUCAUUCGGUGCUUGGAGGUCGGUGUGUUUGACACACCGCCUUUUUAUUCCAAUUCUACAAACAGUUUUCGAAACACAGUGGAAGGUUACAGUGAUCCCACGGGGAAAUAUGACCCUGCUGUUCGAAGCCUUCACAACCUGGCCCACCUUUUCCUGAAUGGAACAGGAGGACAAACUCAUCUGUCUCCCAACGAUCCGAUUUUCAUCCUCCUGCAUACUUUCACUGAUGCAGUCUUUGACGAAUGGCUAAGGAGGUACAGCCCUGAUAUUUCUACCUUCCCAUUGGAAAAUGCUCCUAUUGGACAUAACAGGCAAUAUAACAUGGUACCAUUCUGGCCUCCAGUUACCAACACAGAGAUGUUUGUUACUGCACCAGACAACCUGGGAUAUGCUUAUGAAGUUCAAUGGCCAGGUCAGGAGUUCACUAUAUCUGAAAUCAUUACCAUUGCUGUAGUGGCUGUGCUGUUACUUGUGGCUGUCAUUUUUGUGGGAGCUUCUUGUCUGAUCCGUUCUAGAAGCACCAGGAAUGAAGCCAGUCAGCCUCUUCUCACGGAUCACUACCAACGCUAUGCUGAGGAAUAUGAGGAGCUCCCAAAUCCUAAUCAGUCCAUGGUCUGACAUGGCCUGUCCUCUAAUGCAGGAGGGUGGAAACGACCUGUUUGAAACACCGUUAUCACCCAUAUUCCCUUUUGCCUCCUUCCUUUCUUACAUAGACGUGUGUUGGAAUUAAAACAAUAUUAAUGCUGCAUUUCAGAGAUGAGAAUUCAGAGUCUUUUCAAUGGGUUCAACUCAUUAGUUCUAUUUAAGAUGGCAUAUGGUACCAGCUCAAUAAUAUCUAAGGGGAUACUGUGAUGAGCUUUCUUGUAUUCUAAAAAUUGCCUAAGUGCUGUGAAUGAGCAAUGCUUUGUGUGCACAGGGAAAUAAGAUUGAUGUAAAAAUCUCUACUUCAAUUGUUUGAGUGGCUGUUCUUACACUGUUAACAUGUGAGUGCAUUGCUAUUAUUGGUACUGGUCAACAGAGAUGAAGACAGCCUUGCUGAACAGUUAAAUUACAUUACUUUGUAAACAAAUAGGAUCCUGAUUAGCUUUCUGAAACUGGUCUCUCAUUUUGGUGUCAGCAUAUAUAAUUUGGGCUCAGGGGCAAGCCCGUCACAAAGUCACAAUUCUUGUCACACUUUGUAAAGGCAAAAGCUUCACUUUACUAGAACACAGCUGCUACUGUGUGUUUGCCACUGUGUUCCUGAACUUAGCUCUCUGGACAGGAAACUGCUGUGCCACAGUUCACCUCCCAAUUCUAGUGUCUUAGAGGUCUGCAGAGAAGGAGGAAGACAAAGAACAUGGUGUUUUGUGGAUAACAUCAGAUGCAUUUUU